AUGCAUGCAUGCGCGCAUUUCUCUCUCAGGGGAGGAGGAUACGAUUUUUCUGUUGACUGGUGGUCUGUGGGGGUUGUGCUCUUCGAAAUGCUUUACGGCGGCAUUCCUUUCUGCCCACCUCCGAAGUUCAAAGGAGACGUUCCACAAUUUGUAAAGCUUCAAGUGACAAAUUACGCCAUAGUCUGCCCAAUUCCUUAUCCUUCGCCUAUAUCGGCACUCCUCUCUCCAGAGGCUAUCUCGCUGAUGCAGAGACUGGUGUGCGAUGCCUCUAUGCGGUACAAACGGGCAGCCGAUAUCUUAACGCAUCCCUUUUUUAAGGGCCUCGACCUAAAGACGCUUUUCACCAUCGAACAACCCCUGGCUGCGGAUACGAGGGCGUAUGCAGCUAGUCACUACCCCUCCCUCUUUGGACCUGACGGGGAGUUGCUGCUGCAGCCGCAGCCGCCUACCGCUAGCAGCAACAACAGAGACAGCAGCAGCGGCGGCAGCAGUGGGGGUGGAAGCAGCAGAGACAAGACAAGGCCUACACAGUCACUCACGAGAAGCAGACUGAACCAGCAACAACAACAGCCGCAGCAGCAACAGCAGCAGAAGCAGCAAAAACAGCAGCAGAAGCAGCAACAGCAGCAGCAGCAACAGCAGCCGCACCAGACACACGCAGGGUGCCUUGCAAGCCUUCGGGCAGCAGCCAGAGGCGCCCGGCAGCUAGCCGCAGCAGAUCCUCCACAGCAGCAACAGCAGCGGUGCUGCUACGGAGAACGCAGCAGACACAUUCCGAAACAAGACACCAACCCGGAUGACGAGGUUGAUCUCUUAUUUGCACGCUACCCCUUCGACCGUCGUGCAGAAGAAAGCCGCCCCGUAGCUUCUCAAAUUAUGAACGACAAGAGGGUGCAAGCAGCGUUGCGGGCUGCUUUCGAGAAGCAGCCGCCAGAGAAAUCCGCAGACAGCUCACACACGGAGGAGGCUAUGCAUGGACAGACGGAUGACCCUUUGGAGUCUGCAAGAGAUUUAGAGGACAUCUUUCACCAUGCACGAGGAAGAGAUUGCGGUAUAGGACAGUUGUGCAGGGGUUUGCAUGCUGCUGCUGCCGUUCCUCCCGAAAAGCGCUCAGCAGCAGCAGGGAAGCAAGCCUUCCGAUCGCUCCAGGGCGAACUCGCACAUCUACAGGGACCUCGACAGGGGCAGAAUUCGCUAGCGACCAAGGCAACGCACGGGGUACUCAGUGCCAAAACAUACGAAAAGAAGCAAGAAGAUGAACAGACAGACAAGCUGCACUGGAGUCUACACGCGGCGUCGGCAGCAGCUAGCCACGCAACAACAACAACCCCCUCAGCCAAAAAGGAGCCAGCCCUUGUCUCCCUUGGUGGAGCGACUGUUGUCGAGUGUCUCGGUCCCGCGGUGUGUGCCUAG